AUUAUUACGUUGGAAGCCAUACAGCACUGCACUGCUGCAAGCGACUGGCUGCUAAACGUCAAUUGUCUACAGACGGGUUGAUAGACAGCUAAUUUAAAAGCAGGAAAAGAGAUGAUAAAAACAAGAAAGAGAGGUCCAGGAUCUUUUUCAUGAUAGAAAUUUAGAGCUGUUCCGUUCACAUCAAUCAUCUCCAAUGCAGUACUUCCAGCUAUAUUCUCUGAGUUCGUGAUUCUUUUUUGUAGAACUGUGGCGCCAUAAAGAACUUCAGCAUAUUAAGCAACCCUUCAAGCAGGCCAAAGAGAUCAGAAAGUCUCCAGAACUGCAUCAAGGAGACACUUUUAGUAAUUGAGUUUAUCUGUUUGAAUUGCCCGGAAAUUAAGAGGAGUUGGUCUGAGAACCAUUAGAUUGGAAAGUGGGUGUUAAGUAAGCUACACAUUAACACUCAGCAGUUCUGUUGCCAAUUUAAUAAAUUCAUACUGAUCAAGUGACUCAAACCCAGGACACCAAGAUGAGCAAGAGGGUGAACACAACAGCCUCCGCAAGGCUGAAACAGGACUACUUGAGACUCAAGAAAGAUCCUGUCCCUUAUGUUACAGCAGAGCCUUUGCCAUCAAAUAUCCUUGAAUGGCACUAUGUUGUACGAGGUCCCAAGGAAACACCUUACGAGGGCGGUUUAUACCAUGGCAAGCUGGUGUUCCCCAGGGAAUUUCCCUUCAAACCUCCAAGCAUCUUCAUGAUCACACCCAAUGGAAGAUUCAAAACCAACACAAGGUUAUGUUUGUCAAUAAGUGAUUUUCAUCCUGAUACCUGGAACCCUGCCUGGUCUGUAUCCACCAUCCUAACUGGUUUACUCAGCUUCAUGGUCGAGAAGAAUCCAACAUGGGGCAGCAUAGAAACAACAGAUUUUGUUAAAAAACAAUUUGCCCAUGAUAGCGGAGCCUUCAAUAUAAAGAAUUCAACAUUUGUAGAACUCUUCCCAGAUACUGCAAAGGAGAUAAAACAGAAAAUCAAGAAAGAAGAAGAGGAUCUCAAACAGCUCUCGGAAUCCAACGCCUCCAAGUCCCCUGACCACGCCCAACUGAGGCAGAGGACGAAUAACUUCAACGCCCCCGCGGAACGACCCCCUGGAAUCGUGGGCAGCACCAUGGCCAACGUGCUUGUUAUCAUCGGCUUUGCAGCGUUUGCAUGGACAGUUAAAUAUGUACUGCGCAGCAUAGCCAACACUGAUCAAUAGGAAAGAUUGAUUGUAUUUUUUUUUGCUAUGGACAUUGAAUUUGUAAGCGGUUUCGGCUAAGCUGGUGAAAUUUUGACAGAGGUAAUAAGUGAACGGGAGUGUAUAACUCUUAAUACCUAGUUUACAUUUGCUACGCUUCAUCGUAUGAUCAGUUGUUCUUCGAGAUUUACGGGAUGGUGUUGGUGGCUAUGGGCUAUCAUAUUCAGGUACAGCCAUUGUAUGAUUUCCUUUGUUGGGCAUCGUAGAGGAGUCAUAGCUAAAGUCCUGCAGAGGCUGUACAAAGAUCGUACAGCUCUUGUUCAAUGAACACAAGGAGAUGGUGCAAUUGUACGGUGAUCAUAUGAUGACGCUGUGCUGGACCCCGUAACACAAAGGUCAGCGAUUGAUCAUAUGCUUGAUUUUCACGAUUGAUUGUACAUUGUUGUCAUUGCAAUCAGUCACAAAGAUAUUCUGCUACGAUGAUCGCUAAGCUUUGUGUUACGGGCCCCUGGUUGUACUAUGUGUUGAAGGGCUACGUCAUUUGUUAAACUCCAUGCUUAAGAAAAUCAUGGGAGCUGAGGAGAUUGGGAAUCCGAACGAUAACUGUGGGAUUGUCGCAUGCCACUCAGGGUGAUAGUGUGAUUUAGAGGGAUAUGAUCAGAUUAGGGUCACUCUACACUGACCGUGAUGAUGCAUAAUGCUGCUUUCCAUAUACAUGUAGCAAGAUGGCAUGGACAUCAGUCUGCUGUGUGGCCACUCUCCAAUUUAUCUCUAUUAAGUCUGUGGUGAGAUAUCUUGUAGCUCACAAAUCAUUAGACACACUUAAAAAAAAGUUUACCCAGUAGUGACUUCAAAGGCAACAUGCAUGUUUGAUGUUGUUUGAAGGUUUGCAUGGUGGCAUGUACAAUUGCUGAUGUGGUUUACGGUACACCAUGUGGAGUGU